AUGUCAGAAGACUGGAAAUGCUCUGAAGUGUUUGAGUUUCUUAAUAACAACAAAAUCCAGUAUGACUUUAAUAAUGAGGACAUUCAAGUUGUCAGAAACAAUAAGGUCAUUGGCAUUAUCCUUCUCACACUGACUGAAAAGAAGCUUCACAGCAUUAGGUUAACUUUUGAUUCUACUGCAGCUAUUGCUCAGCUUAUUGAAGAGCUUAAGCUAAUGAAAGGGUUAGCAACUGUAGAAUGUCUCCUAAAUGAAGAAGAAUAUCUGUCAUCUAUUCCUUCAAUUAUUGUUUAUUUUUUAGAUGCUAGUAUUUCAACAUGUUUUACGUAUAGCAAGGGGUCUCUGGCCAUCAAGAAUAAUUUCCUAAAAUGGAUUUUUUGA